AUGGCGAUGGUUAUGGAGUUGUGCGAAGGAAAGGACCUGGUUGAUUAUGUCUUGAAGCACCCACCAGGGGGCAUUUCCACCUCUUCUUGCCAGCGGCUGAUGCAGCAGCUGCUUUUGGCUGUCAACUUCCUCCACUCCUUUGACAUAUUGCACAGAGACAUAAAACUGGACAACGUGAUCUUCAAAGGGGCGGAAGGCGCCCGAGGCGAUUUGGCCCUUUUGGACUUCGACAUGUGUUUGCUGCUGGACAGCAGCAGCAGCAGCAGCAGCAGCAGCAGCAGCAGCAGCAGCAGCGGCAGCAGCAGCAAGACGGAGGUCGCGGUUGUAGGCACGAGAGAAUACAUGGGUUUGGGCGGGCUGGGGGAGGGUGGGGGCGAGGUGCCAACAGCUUGGGGUUUAGGCGCUGCACCACCCGUGGCUCUUGCCGGUGCCUUCAGCUUUGCCGACGCAGCAGCUGCCGCCGCAGCAGCAGCUGCUGCUGCAGCAGCUGCAGCACUGCAGCAGCUGCAGCAGCAGGUGCUGCAGCAGCAGCUGAAGAGGCGGCAGCAGAAGCAGCAGCAGAAGCAGCAGCAAAGGCAGCAUGCAGCCAUCGGGAAACUCCCAGCAGCAGCAGCAGCUGCUGCAGCGGUGCCAGCAGCAGAUACAUGGAUUCAUCAGGACCGCUUUGCUGCAGCUGCUGUAGCAGCAACACAGCAGCAGCAGCAGCAGCAACAGCAGCAGCAGCUGCCCUGGAACUGCAGCACAACUGCUGCUCGCAUGUCUCGGCCCUUUCAAGGCACACAGGCGGCUCUGCCAGGCUGCAAGACUGCCGCAGCACAUCAUGCGCAGCAGUAUUUCAAGCAGCAAUUUGCUCGCCAGCAGCAGCCGCAGCAGCAGCAGCAACGCUCUGCAGCAGCAGCAGGAACUGAUGCUGCUGCUGCUGCUGCUGCUGCUGCUGCUGCCCUCCCGAGAGACAGCCAGCACGUAGCAGCAGCUAGCCUUGAAAAGGAGGCGAACCUGCAACGGCUGCAGCAGCAGCAGCUGCAGCAGCAGCAACUGCAGCACCAGCAACUGCAGCAACAACCAGAGCAGCAGCAGCAGCAGCAGCAGCAGCAGCCGCGUUUCUUUUUAACAAGGCAGCAGUUCAAUAUGCCGCAGCCGACGGAGCACCACCUUCAGCAGUUGCCGCUGUCUGUACACCCCACGCAGCAGCAGCAGCUGCAGCAGCAGCAGCUGCAGCAGCAGCAGCGGCGGCUGCAGCAGCAGCAGCUGCAGCAGCAGCAACUGCGACAGCAGCGUCAGCAGCAACUGCAGCAGCAAUUCCAGCAGCAGCAGCAGCUGCAGCAGCAGCAUCAGAUGCAGCAACAGCUGCAGCAGCAGCUGCAGCAACUGCAGCAGCAGCAGCAAAGCAGCAGCAGCACCACCCCUCUGCGCUACUCCUUGAAGCACACAUUUGGUUCUUUGGUUUGCUCCUCGGUCGCCAGCACUCGCCUGCCUUCCUCUCAUCCUCCUUCUUCUCUUCCUGACGACUUUUUGGGGCAUGUGAAAACCCUCAAACCCUACAACGCUGCUGCUGCUGCUGCUGCUGCUUCUGCUGCUGCUGCUGCUGCUGCUGCACCUGUUUCGAUUGGGCGCGCUGCGGAACGUGCAGGGGUCCCUGCAGCAGCAGCAGCAGCAGCAGCAGCAGCAGCAGGGGGUGGGGGCAUAGUUGACCCUGGGGCUGGUUCUGGACAUCCAGAUGCAGCAGCAGCAGCAGCGGCGGCAGCAGCAGCAGCAGCAGCAGCAAGCUGCGGUGACUGCAUGACUCCUUAUAGCAGCAGCAGCAGCAGCAGCCUCACAACUGCUCCCUGCAGCAAACCUUCGACCCCUACUUUAGACGCAUUACCUUUGAGAAGGUGUGACGCUGCUGCUGCUGCUGCUGCUGCUGCUGCUGCUGUGGCGCCUUGUCCACAGCAGCAGCAGCAGCAGCAGCAGCAGCAGCGCGUAGCAGGGUCUCGCCGGACAGUGUCUCGUGUUGCGCCUGUUACUGGUGUGUCUUUGGUGCUGCAGCUGCAGCAGCGCGUGCAGCAGCAGCAGCAGCAGCAGCAGCUGGCUCAGCUGCAGGCGCGGCAGUUCCAGCUGCAGCAGCAACUGCAGCAGCAGCAACUGCAGCAGCAACUGCAGCAACUGCAGCAGCAGCAGGCCAUUCCCCGCAGCACGGCCCUCAGGGGCCCCACACCCGCAGCAGCAAAGCAGCCACCAAGUUUGGGCGCAGCAAUUCAGGUUCGCUGUCUCCCUGAUCCUAAGGAACAGCAGCAGCAGCAGCAGCAGCAGCAGCAGCUUGACAGCACGAGACAGAACAGCAAAAGCAACGGCAGCAGCAGAAACGCUCACAGCAGCAGCAGCAGCAGCAGUGACACCAGCAGCGGCAGCAGCAGCACCACUUAUACCAGCAGCAGCAGCAGCAGCAGUAGCCACAACGACGGCCGCAUUAGCAGCAACAGCAACUACCCCAGCAGCAGCAGCGGCAGCAACAGCAACAGCAAUAGUGGUCGCCGCAGUGUCGUCAUCAGCAGCAGCAGAAGUAGAAGCAGCAGCAGCAGCAGCAGCAGCAGCACUAGUACUAUCGGCACUCCCAUCAUCAUCAUCAUCAGCAGCAGCAGCAGCAGCAGCAGCAGGAUCAGCAGCAGCAGCAGCAGCAACAACAACAACAGCAGUAGGAUCAGCAGCAGCAGCAGCAGCAGCAGCAGCAGCAGCAGCAGCAGCAGCAGCAGCAGCAGCACCUGCGGGGCGUUUUGUUCUUCUGGAGGACUUGCAAAAGGGCCCAAGUUGAUUUGA